UCCACGCGUUUCCACCGAAACGCACCCAUCCGCGCUCCGUCCGCGAUGGACUGGGCCUCCGCGGUGGCGGCGGACUGGCGGGCGCUGGAGGCGGCCCCGGAGGAGGUGAAGAACCAGCGGGAGGUGAUGAUGCAGGCGGUGGCGCAAACCGGCCUCGCGCUGCAGUACGCCUCUGAGGCGCUGCGCCGGGACCGGGCGCUGUGCCUGGCAGCGGUGCGCGCCACGGCGGAGGCGCUGGACUUCGCGGCUCCGGAGCUGCGCCAGGUCACUUGGUCUUUAGAGGAUGCCUCCUUCGCCCUGGAGGCCUGCGCUGUGAACCUUCGGAGCCUGGAGCUGGGAGAGGAGAGGCACCGAGGCGACCGGGCGUUGAUGCAGCAGGCGCUGAAGCUGAAUUGGCAGGCGCUGCAGUACGCCUCGAUGGAGCUGCGCCGGGAUGUCCGGCUCUGCCUCGAGGCGGUGCAGCAGCACUGGCGGGCCCUACUGCACGUGUCGGAGGAGCUGUGGUCAGACCGGGACUUCAUGCUGCAAGCCAUCCGGUGCCGCUGGCAGUGCGUGCAGUUCCUAGCGCCACCUCUGACGUUGGACGGGUCACUGUACCUGGAGGCGCUGAAGGUGGACGUGGGGUGUCUGGACUUUGCCGGGCCGGAGCUGAGGGGGGACCCCGGCUUUAUGCUCGCAGCUGCCAAGCUCCAGGAGGUUGCGCUGGAGAAGGUCACUGGGCAGCUGUUUGAGGAGCCGAGCUUUUGGGCCUCGGUGGUGCGUGAGCUGCCGAAUGGCUGGCGCCUCGCUUACGAGGAGUAUGGGCCGAGCUCCCUGCGCGACAGCCCCGAGGUCAUGCUGGAGGCGGUGAGGAUGAACAUCGACGCGCUGGAGUACGGCACGCAGAAGGUGAGGAGCGAGCCGGCGAUUCUGCAGGAGGCAGUGAAGCGAAGCUGGCGAGCCGUGGAGCACGCGGCGAAGCUGGACGCCGGGUCUGUGCUCAAGGCACUCGAGAAGGACUGGCGCGCCAUCUCGGUGUACCUGGACUCCUUGAGCUGUCUAGAGGAGGUAGAGGCGGAGAGCAUGAAGGAGAUGAUCCGGCGCAACCCCCAGGUGGUGCGCGACCCGAGGCUGAGCGGCGAGAAGAUGGUGGUUCUGCGGGCCGUGAAGCAGGACGGCCUGGUGCUGCGCUUCGCGUCGCCGGAGCUGCAGGACGACGAGGCGAUCUGCUACGCCGCGGUGAAGCAGACCUGGCGUGCGUUGGAGUUCGCCUCCGCGCGGCUGCAGGGCAAGGAGGAGCUGGUGGACCUGGCGCUGAAGCAGGAGGGCCUCGCUCUGCAGUUCGCCUGCCCGGAGCUGCGGAGCCGGCCCAAGCUGGUGAUGCGCGCCAUGACCCGCAACAUCGCAGCCUUCCAGUUUGCCGACCCGCGCUUGCACAAGGACACCAACUUCUGGGAGGAGCUGACCCGCCGCUUCCCCACCGCCUGGGUGCGGUGGAUGAAGUUCGGCCGCGGCGUGGAGUCCCCGGGCUUCUCCGCGCCCAGGAAGCCGCCGAAGAAGGUAGACUUGGGCCUGGAGACCGUGCAGCUGUGAGGGGGCUUGCGCCUCGCGGCAAAGAGCUGUGUCGAGAAAGAAGCAAAAUGAAACGGGAUGCAAGGGAACCCAUCCUUU